AUGAAUUGGAUCAGGUGUGUUAUAGUAUGGAAAGAAUCAUUAUGGCUUGCUUUGGAAGUAGCUGGAAAAUUAGAACGUGAAGCUGCAAUUAAGGAAGGACAUGUAGAUUCACAUGGCAUUCCAUAUAUAACUGAUGGAUAUUUAGAUGGAGGAUGGUCUAAACGAAGCUAUGGACAUACGUAUAAUGCAAAUUCUGGAGCUGCUGUUAUAAUAGGGAAAACAACAGGAAAAGUAUUAUUCGUAGGUGUAAGGAAUAAAUACUGUUGUAUUUGCGCUAGAGCCGAAAACAAUAAUGAAGCUGCUAAAACACAUAUUUGUUUUAAAAAUUGGUCCGGUUCAUCAUCUUCAAUGGAACAGGAUAUAAUAGUGGAGGGAUUUAAUAACAGCAUAGAAAUGCAUGGGUUGAAAUACUUAAAAUUUAUUGCAGAUGGUGAUUCCUCAGUUUUUAAAAAUAUUAAAGAAAAGGUACCAUAUGGACACGAGGUUGUUAAAAUUGAAUGCAUGAACCAUGUAUUAAAAAAUUUCAGUAAAACCCUUUACAAAAUUAAAAAAGAUACUCAAGGGGUCCCUGUUGAUGCCAGAAAGAUGAUCCAGAAAAUCUAG